GAAACCGAAACGCCACCAACCAACCAAACAAACAAACGCCACCGGAUAAAGGAAAAAAAAAAAGUAAGCGAUGCUCCUGACGCGCGCCUCCCCCACCUUCCUCCCCUCCACCUCCGCCGCCUCGCCCUCGCCGCAGGCGCCCCCGGCGCCGAUCUUCGGGAGGAGCCACCGCCGUGGCGUCGUCCAGCUGGUGUCCUCUUGUUCUCCGGUGGCCGGGCAGCGCAGUGGCAGUGCGGCCAGGAGGUCCGUGAUGGCGGCGGCCGGAGCGGUCCCGGCGGCGAAGCUGGAGGACGCCGACGCGCUCAUCGACUCCGUCGAGACGUUCAUAUUCGACUGCGACGGUGUGAUUUGGAAGGGCGACAAGCUGAUCGAUGGAGUGCCAGAGACGCUCGACAUGCUCAGAUCAAAGGGCAAGAGGCUGGUGUUUGUGACGAACAACUCGACCAAGUCGAGGAAGCAGUACGGGAAGAAGUUUGAGACGCUUGGACUAAACGUCAAUGAGGAAGAGAUCUUUGCCUCCUCGUUCGCAGCUGCUGCAUACCUGCAGUCCAUCGAUUUCCCCAAAGACAAGAAGGUUUAUGUGAUUGGAGAGGACGGGAUUCUGAAGGAGCUGGAGCUGGCUGGAUUUCAGUACCUCGGCGGGCCAUCCGAUGGGGACAAGAAGAUAGAGCUGAAGCCUGGAUUUUACAUGGAGCAUGACAAAGAUGUUGGAGCAGUUGUUGUCGGAUUUGAUCGCUAUUUUAACUACUACAAAGUACAGUACGGGACUCUCUGCAUUCGUGAGAAUCCAGGUUGCCUUUUCAUUGCAACUAACCGGGAUGCAGUUACCCAUCUUACUGAUGCCCAAGAGUGGGCAGGUGGAGGAUCAAUGGUUGGUGCAAUCCUUGGUUCAACUAAACAAGAACCACUCGUCGUCGGAAAGCCGUCAACAUUCAUGAUGGACUACCUGGCAAAGAAGUUUGGAAUCACCACAUCUCAGAUAUGCAUGGUUGGUGACCGUUUGGAUACCGACAUCUUGUUUGGCCAAAACGGAGGCUGCAAAACUCUUCUGGUUCUUUCAGGUGUCACUUCUGUGCAGAUGCUUCAGAGCCCCGACAACUCGAUCCAGCCAGAUUUCUACACAAACCAAAUAUCUGAUUUUCUCACCCUCAAAGCAGCAACUGUCUGAAGAAAUGGGAAGGAGCUGUGUUUUAGAUGGGCAAGGCCCCUUACUUUUGUUUUAGGCGGCAUCCGACAAUUUUUAGCAACCAACACCAAAGGUGCUUUUCUUUGCACAUUGUUUUGUAACCGCGAGACAUAUGCUUUAUACUAUUAUAUGUAACACAAGUGCAUAUCAAUGUCAAUAAUGAGCAAACAUAAUUGUUUCUGAUAAAGAGAAUGGCAAUCAAGUACAUACAUAAGCUUUAAGUCAACACGGAGUGAGCAAAAGAAAGGGGCAAGCAGAGAUAUGCUGUUAUUCACGAGACUGAUUACCAGGCAUGGGAAAAUAUGAACACAAAUAGAACAGCCAACACAAUCUGAUUCUUCUUUUCCGUGCGGAACAAACAAAUUUCUUAAAGAGAAGCAUUACUGCCCAACCUCUGAGCUUUGGUAGCAUUUCUAGGUGGUAUGUAUUUCACGUAGACCUUUACAGGUAACCGUGCCCAACCUCUGAACUUUGACAGUAUUUCCACGUGGUAUAUAUUUCACUUUGACCUUCCCAG